AUAUUCAAAGUUCAGCAGGUUCUUAAUAACGAAGGAGACCUUGAUAGCGAGGUCAAGGUGAUCAAAGACUAUUGGCUACCUAAGAACUCCUGCACGGAACUAGAAAUUCAUUUAGCUAUCGAAGCUGAUAUUCAGAAGGUUAACGCCGUCCCAAACCUAGACCGGAGCGCUUUCAAUAGAUAUUGUGUCAAGGUUGAAGCCUGCGAGAAAGUUCCGGUACCCUCUACAACUGAGAAGGGACAUACUCCUGACUCCAACUCGAAUUUCCUUCAGGGACAAACUAUUCCUUCCGACGUCAAGUGUUUCACAGUCUCAAUACAAUCCUCUACUUACCAAUGGGUAAUGAGUGUGAGCAUCCCAGCCUCAAUUAUGAUGGAAUCUGGGCCGGAACGCCAACGGCGUCAAGAAACUGUCCUCCGUGAAGCUACGGCUGUCCAUCUCGCGAGACUCGACCGUAGGACCUAUGCACCCAAAGUCCAUUGUCGACAACUAUCGGAGUAUGCAGGAGAACCGCUGGAUCAGAUGAUGGACUGGAAUAUUGUUUUGAAGGCAUUAGAAUCGCUAAUUAUUGGUAAAGCUUGUUUAUCAUCUUCUGGAAGUAAUUUUAAACAAUAG